AUGCCCAAAGCGGCAUACGAGGACUGGGGCCCUGGCUGCAGCGAGCUCUCGUCGCUAAAGAGCGCCACAGACAAGGCGCUCCUGGACAACACCGAGGAGCGCUACAAGGCCGGCAACAUCUACACGCGCAGCGGCCGCCUCCUGCUGGCCGUGAAUCCGUACAUUACCUUGCUGCCGCUGUCCGCUCGGCUCGCGGCCGACUUGCAUAAGUACGCCAAUGGAUCCCUCUGGCUCGAGUUCUUCUACGAGGAGCAGCUGGCGGCCGUGCGGGCGGCGUUUGCCACGCCAGGAGUGGUCGACGACGAGGCGGUCCUCGCGCAAGUCAAGAAGGCGGUCAUGUCGAACGGGUGGUCCGAUGCCUUCAACCAGUCGCUCGUAGACUUGUUGCGGCUCGCGCACCAGCACUCAAUCUCCAUCCACGCGCUGGACUCGCCAGAGUGGUCGCUCGAUGCCUUCACGGAGAGGUAUGGCACCUUCCGCGGCAGGCUCAAGUACUUAGCUAACCGCGCAUCGCAGGAGAACGACGGCGAGGGUGCCACAAGCCGCUGGGCAAAGCGGGUGAUGGAGGAGCAUGCCGAGGGCACGGCACCGGCGCCGGUGGUCGUGAUGGGCGGCGCGGAGCACGGGCCGGUAAUGCUCGAGAUCGUGCCGGUGUUCGAAUUCAUGUACGAGGACGCUGGCGCGGUGAGGGCGGCAGCAAAGGCCAAGGUGGAGGCCGAGCUCGCGGCUGCCAAGGAGGCCAAGUCGGAGGCGGAGGAGGAGGAGGAGGCGGCGGAGGCAAAGAUUGGCUCUGCGCUGGCCCUCUUCAGCAGAUGA